AGGGCGGCGCCUCGUUCAUUUGCUCGUGGCGGCGGUGGGAGAUGGUGUCGCUUGUGUGAGUCUCGGCCGCGUGCUUUAGAGCCUGCCUGGCGACGGAUUAGCGACCUUUAAGCGGCUAAUUGUAAAGCUUCCCCUCGUGAUCGCGCCGCAACUCCCUUUCUUUUGGGCACCAGUAUGAGUUACGGGCGGCCGCCGCCGGACGUCGAAGGCAUGACCUCACUAAAGGUGGAUAACCUGACUUACCGCACCUCCCCGGACACGCUGCGCCGCGUUUUCGAGAAAUACGGCCGCGUGGGGGACGUGUACAUCCCCCGUGAUCGGUACACCAAGGAGAGCCGCGGCUUCGCCUUCGUGCGUUUCCAUGAUAAGCGCGAUGCCGAGGACGCCAUGGAUGCCAUGGACGGGGCCGUGCUGGACGGGCGGGAGCUCCGCGUCCAAAUGGCCCGCUACGGCCGGCCCCCGGAUUCCCACCACAGCCGGCGGGGGCCCCCUCCGCGUCGCUACGGGAGCGGCGGCUACGGACGUCGCAGUAGGAGCCCCAGGAGACGGCGUCGAAGCCGAUCCCGAAGCAGGAGCCGAUCCAGGUCCCGUAGCAGGUCACGCUACAGUCGUUCUAAGUCCAGAUCUCGCACACGAUCCCGGUCUCGUUCCACCUCCAAGUCCAGGUCGGCCAGGAGGUCGAAGUCCAAGUCCUCGUCUGUGUCCAGAUCUCGAUCCCGGUCGAGAUCCAGGUCGAGAUCGAGAAGCCCUCCUCCGGUCUCCAAGAGAGAAUCAAAGUCCAGAUCCCGUUCAAAGAGCCCCCCAAAGUCUCCAGAAGAAGAAGGAGCUGUCUCAUCCUAGGAAAAUGGUAAGGUGAUUGGUGAUCUACUGUAUUUGCAUGCUUUAUUGUAGCAGAUUUAAGUGGGUUUUGGAUCCUUCACUUAGUUUCCUAGAGCAAGUAAAUGGGGCGUUUGGUUAACUUCUCAAGAGGGCAUUUAGUAUAUGGCUACUAAAAUAAAUUUCCAAAGGGAUUUUGCCAAGGAUACCAUCGUGUUUUGUUACAGUUAAUAGUUUGCUUUUUAAUAACUGUUUGAGACACAACCUAUUUCUGAAAAUGACUAUUUCUUACUGUUCUUAUCCAACAUCUGCAUUUUCCCCUUUAAAGCUGCGGUCUCCUGUUUGCUUAAAGAAUAUUGGCCAGUAUUGCAGAUUUUAACUGAUUUGGCUGAUCCUCCAGGGACCAGUUUCUGUGGGCGUGUAUUGGAGCAGGUUUGUCUUUAAAUGUUAAAGAUACACUAUCCUGUUAAUGAAAUCCUGCGGUUACCACGUUCAAGAGCAACAAAUAGUGUGGAAGUCGGAAUGCAAGUGAUUAUGGAAGCCAGAUCUUCUCCAGUGCAAUUGUGGGCUUUUAAGGCUAUACAGGGUGGGGAAAAUGGAUAGUGUGUCUUUAACCUCCCUCAAAUUGUUUGGUCCUGUUUUUUCAAAGGAAGGGGGCCUGGAAUUCUUAAAGAUUACGCAGCUACUAAAAGUUUUGAGUAAGAGCCAAUGCGUAAUCUAAUCUGUAUCGGGCUGGAUUCAGGUUAAGGGUGGUUUGAUCAUAGCCCGACACUGUAUAAUGUGAUUAGUGGAGAUUCAACAUUACCUCCAAAAAAUCUCAUGACUACGAUAGUUCCAGUGUAAUGGUGGGAGGUGGGAGUUGCAGUUUCUAUAAAAAUUGGUGAAAAUAGACAAGGCCAGUAUUGCUAGGUGUCUAAAAAUGGCCAUAAAAAAUACUGAAGACAUGCAAGGAGUACUCUGGCUGAACUAUUCCCUUUUCAAAUCUAGAUGCAUCAUAUAGAUGAAAAGUCUGCGUAAAGGGAUGCCUUUGGAGGAGAAAUGAUCAUAAGAAUCACCAGUCCAUUGGAGAGACCCUUGGCACAAGCAACCAGCCAUUGAAAAGGUUAUUUUGUAAAACUUUGUCUAACUUUUUUCUUUACUUUGAGCCUCAAAUGGCAGACUUUUACUUUUAUGUGCCAUUUUGUUGCUAUUAUUCAAAUUUCUUGUAAUUUAGUGAAGUGAACGACUACAGAUUUCAUUAUUGGCUUGGAUAUUUGAGGUAAAACUUCAUUUUUGUUCAUAUAGUGCUGACUUGUUUGCAAAUAAAUUGGUAACUAACUUGCUGCCUCAAGUUUUUAAUAUUAAGUAACCACGCAGCUAUAAUAUGCUGAUGAGCUUAAUGCUGUUCAGAUGUUCGAUUUUUUGCCUUUUCUCAAAUUCUUAAAACUUUUAAAAUUCAAAUGCAUUUUGCAAACUCAGUUGAAAUAGUGUCUUCAAAUAAAACAUUAAAUUUUACAGGUUAUUUUGAAAGAUUUGCUUUAUCAGACAAAAUUCUAAUCUCUUCUCUUAUGUAUUUUUGUGCACUAGGCGCAGUUGUGUAGCAGUUGAGUAAUGCUGGUUAGCUGUUAAGGUGGCGUGUUGCAGUGCAGAGUGCUUGGCUGUUUCCUGUUUUCUCCUGAUUGCUCCUGUAACGAUGCCUUGUCGUGCAGAAACAAAUGGCUGUCCAGUUAAUUAUAAUUGCCUGACAACUGCACUUCCAGUCACCCGGGCCUUGCAUAAAAAUAACGGAGCAUACAGUGAGCACAUCUAGCUGGUGAUAUACACACCUUAUUUUUUCCAGAAUGGUAAAUUAGACCAUCUACAUAUGUGAACUUGCAUAUAAAAAUGUAAUGCUACAGCAUUUGAUCCAUUCCUCUGUAAGUACCAGUUUGAUGUAUCUUAAAACAUUCUGUACUAUAACCACUGUCUGUAGUUAAUAAAACACUUUCUUGGUGUUCAGUUUUUGAACUUUAA